AUGUCUGACAUUGAAUUGCUGAAGCAAGCCCGGAAGGGAACGAAAAGCUGUACCGAGUGUAGACGCCGGAAGGUCCGCUGCAUUCGCAUUCCCGAAGACGCAGAGACCUGCCGCGGCUGUGAAGAUCGAGGCUUGCAUUGUGUUGCUCAAGUAUUCAGCUCUAGACCACUUCGGCCACCACGACUACCAUCUCGGCAUCGCAUUGCGCAACUGGAGUCAGAGGUCGCCAGUCUGCGGAAGGCCGUCCACAAUAUUCAGUCAAAGUUGGGCUAUCAGACAAUCGACAUAGAGCCAACCUCUGCGCAAACGGCCUUUAGCCCCGGAGAAGACGAAUCUGAUGACGACUCUAACACUUCAGAUGUUAUUGCCACCGAGCAGCCGUCGCAUUUGCGUUCGCUCUUCCAGAAUGAUUGGUUGAGUGCCGAUAUUGGCGGUCAGGAUGAGCAGUCGCAAGACCGUAGAGCCAAGGCCUCUGCUCAUCUCUUGGACUCUGCCAGAGAGAGAUUGCAAAGGCUGGUCCCCGCCAAAGAAGAUGUUGUGAACAUGGCUAGAACCGCGUCGAAGUGGCUGGAUCUAGUCAACUCGGUCCUCCCACAGCCGUUCGGACUGAAUUCGCAACAAGAGCUGCUCGACAGUUAUGACAACAUGCUCAAACCUGACGUGGAUGCCAUAUCACUGGCCGCCUGGUUGCUCGACCUCGCACUCACAGCUCAGCAAGAACCAAGGGUCUACAACAGUCCUGCCACGUCCCUCAACAGGUUCCACAAGGUUUCGAAUUUCUCUCGAGCAGUAUCUGAUACCGUGGAGAGUGCGCUCUUCAACCACGAUCGGCUACUGGGAACAGUCCAGGGUCUAGGCAUGGCAAUGCACUUCCUUCGCCUUCAAAUCAGCCAGGGAAAUUUCCACAAAGCCUGGAUUCGUGUGCGACAUUGCAUAUCGCUCGCCGAGCUGCUUGGCCUCUCGCGUCUACCGCAGAACUCGCAACAUAACGACAUUGGACGAACCCAAGAGGAAGGAUUGCAGUAUCAAAGAAUACAGCUCUGGGAGUUCAUGUGCUCUGCGGAGAGGUUGGCGGGAAUGCUCGUCAACCGGCCACCCAUCUCGCGGCGCUUAGAAGACCCGAGCACACAACCGUUGACUGUGAACGGCAUCGUCCAGACCCAAGUUUACCUGAAGAGAUUGACAGACAUCACGGCGAAAUUCCAUACAUUGGAUGAUCCGGUGGUCACACGUGGAGCAAGUGCUCAAGCAUAUGCAUCUGCGCUUGAACUCGACCGAGAGUUGAGGAUCCUCGCGUCGGAAACUCCAAAGCCGUGGUGGGAGCGAGACACGAACGCGAUCAAAGCUGCAAAUUUGUGUCAGAUGUUGCAUUACUACUUUGUAAUGCGAGUACACUUACCAUUUACCGUACGACAAGGUCUUGGAGAAGCCAAUGCGUACAGUCGCCUAACAUGUUUGGAUGCUUGCGAAGAAGUCGCCCAGCGCUACCAAAGGUUGCGUGGGAUGCUGCCCUCCGGGAUCUUUCUGUCGCCGAUAAUGGACUUGCAGGCCCUGACAGCUACGGUCGUCUUACUCCUCGCAUCCCACAGUGGAGCAGUCAACGAUCGGAUCGAGCUCCAGGCCAACAAGGCUCGAGUGCAGGACACAGCAACGCAGGUUUUGAGACUCAUGGAGGAAAAGUCUGGCGACGCAGCGGGAUCCAGUUUUGCUCGACAAGGUGCCAUUGCCAUUCGGUCUCUGAGCGCGCUUCUUCAAAAGAGUGAAGGUGCGGCUGGUUCGAGUCAGUUGAGUCUAAAGGUUCCGCUGCUAGGAAACAUCAACAUCCGCCGCAACACGAAUCCUCCUCAGGCGGCAACGACAGGGAAUCAGCAACCGGCGCACGUCAUGCCAGGUACCGGACUUUGGGAUCCAAGUCAACACCCGGCCUCCCAGUUAUUUGAUGGAGCAACUCUGAACCAAAUACAUGCUGCGCCUUCGACUAUGCAGGAGCAGGCUAACUGGCAGUGGAAUCCUCUCUCGUGGUCAAUCGAGGACAAUUCAUUUCAGGAUGCUUUCAUGAUAGACGACCUAGACCAACUCGGCAUGUGGCAGGGUGACGAUAUUAGCAUGCAGUUCAACAGUUGA